ACCGUGUGGCUCCCAUCCGUCCUGUUGCUGUGAGAGAACCGCUGCCGCUGCUGCUGCUGCUGCUGCUGCUGCUCGGAUGGAUCGGAUGGGUUUUCUGACAUUGCCCUUUUUUUUUAAGACAUUGAACUAGUUUAUAGGUCUGAUAACGCUCUAUAUGGGCGACGUCUCUGUCACUGACGAGCGCGUCAGCUGCUUCUGUUCCGAGUUUAGAGCAGUUUGGGGAUCCCGUCCCAGUGAGCGCCGCCCCCGACAGGUGCGCACAGUGCGCAGCGAGGAUGGGCAGACGUGAGGCAGACAGCAGAGGCGCAAUGAACACCGGCGACCGCUCCGAGCUCGGCUGUCUGCAGGACGCGGCAUCCGGCGGCCGCCGUGCCGGCGAGGAGUCCCCGAGGCCGGACAGCCGGCAGAGGGACCCAGAGAUGGAGGCGGCGGGCCGUGCGGCGGCGGCCACGGCGCCGAUGGAAGUGAAGAAGCACCUGCACAAACACAACUUGAAACACCGCUAUGAAGUGAUGGAGACUCUGGGGAAAGGCACCUACGGCAAAGUGAAGAAGGCGGUAGAGAGAGCAAGCCUGAAGACGGUGGCAAUUAAGUCGAUCCGUAAGGAGCGCAUCACUGACGACCUGGACAAAAUUCACAUCCAGAGAGAGAUCGAGAUCACCUCCUCGCUCAGGCACUCCAACAUUAUACGCUUCCACGAGGUGUUUGAGAGCCGGGAUAAGAUUGUGAUAGUGAUGGAGUACGCCAGCAGAGGAGAGCUGUACGAUUACAUCCAGGAGAGGAGGAGAUUGCCAGAAACAGAAGCCAGAAGCAUCUUCAGACAAAUUACAUCUGCUGUCCACUACUGCCACAAGAAUGCCGUUGUGCAUCGAGACCUUAAACUGGAGAACAUCCUUUUAGAUCAAGAUUUGAAUGUGAAGCUGGCUGACUUUGGCCUUUCCAAUCAUUUCCAGAGGGACACUCUGCUGCAGACCUACUGUGGAAGUCCACUCUAUGCUGCCCCAGAGAUAGUGAAAGGACUUCCAUACCAGGGGCCAGAGGUGGACUGCUGGGCGCUGGGGGUGCUGCUCUAUGCGCUAGUGUACAGCAGCAUGCCGUUUGAUGGGGCUAGUCUCACCACUCUCACUGAGCAGAUCAGCCAAGGUCGCUACCACAGACCCAACCCCCCCUCAGACGCCUGCGCUCUUAUCGACUGGUUGUUGACGGUGCGUGUGGAUGAGAGAGCCACGAUAGAGGAUGUAGCCAACCACUGGUGGGUGAACUGGGGUUAUGAAGAGAGUGUGUGUGACUGCCCUUCAUCUCCACACCAAGAAUGCCCCUCCCCCCUGCUGGCUCGCUACAUCGACUGGCAGAAUCGGGUUGCUGCUGCCAGCAACAUGACUGUUGACCCAGGGUGCCUAUCCUCAGACUCCUCCUGUCCAACUCAGCGCUCUCAUCACCCCUUUUACUUCAGUUUACCUCUGAAGAGCGACCGUGGAGGAGGAGGAGGUGGUGGAGGAAGAGCACGUGGAGGAAUUUCAAGCCUCAGGAAGUCACGCAAGGAGAAUGCUAUUCCCCAGACUGCACAGGGAGCAUGUGCUAAUGUUUGUGCAACAGCUACCUCCUCUGCUGUGAUUUCCUCCACUUCCACUAUUGAGAGAAAGAAACCUAAAGGUAUUCUGAAACCUCAGAGGAGCUUUGACUCAGUUUUUCACAGCCCUCCUAAAGAAAACUCUCCCUCCCAACAAUGUAGCACUUCUCCCCAGCCUUAUCAAACACAUGCUGAUGUCCUUUCAACCAACCUGCCGUCUCCCUCUACAUUCAGUCAGCCCUCAUCUAAAAUGCCUAAGAAGGGGAUACUUAAGAACUUGUAUGGAGGGGAAUCAGGUUAUGGCUCAUCCUCAGAUAGAAGGGGCUCUGGAGCAGGAGUUAACGAGAGUAAUGCAGGUGAUUUGUGCUCCUACAAACAGCACAGUUGUCUCCCAGCAGCUGAAGGUAGUCCCACCAUGCGCACAGAGGCAGUAAGAAGAAGGAAGGGUAUUCUGAAACGUAAUGGGAAGUUUUCUCGCAGUCUGGAUCUUCCUGAUGGCCACCACUCAUCUCCCUCUUCAGCCCCUGCGAUGUUCCCCGAGGCUCUGCAACAGCUCCUCCAGGCCACAGGGGGCGUCGAGGGCCGCCGUAGCCGCCCUUCAAGUGUGGUGAGCGAGGACAGCCUCUUCUCUUCCGAUUCCUUCGACCUGCUGGACCUCAGCGCCCAGUCGCGUCGCAGGAUUUUCUCCCGGAGGAUGCAGCACAGCGCCUGCAGCUCUGAGGAAGACCUGGAGCCGCUGAGAGCUGAGGCAGACAGGGUUGGUGAAGACAGAGAAGGACAGAAGGAAAUGCUAACAUAAGCCCAAAGACUGAUGGAGACAUUAGUGUGGUGAAGAAUUGGGUUGAACACCAGUUGUUGAAUUCACUUUUUGGUGAUAAUCAUUGCAUGCCACCCUGAGUAGACUUACUGAACUCUGGAAAGGUUGCAUCUCGAGUACGCGGACUCUCCUGAGCAUUGUACUGUCAAUGUAGAGCACCAUGUCUUGGCAUAUUUGUCUGUAAUGAAUGAAAAUUUGUCAAUUUAAUUGUACUCUGGAUGUGAGGCAACACAGAGAGUGACAAGACAUUAAGUGGCACCUAAAGGGGAUCCAAAAUCUGCCGAAUUGUAGAGAUCGCACACCUGAAUGUGGCAGGAUGGCCAUUCAGUCUAUUUAGGGAACUUACUCUAACCUCACCUGCAGAACAAAUCUUCUUUUUAGAUUUUACAGCAGAUAUCUGUUCAGAUGAGCUUUUGAAAAUGUGUGUCUGGACGCUGUAAUCUGGUAAAGUCAGCACUGCGGGUUUUGGGAACUGAUGAGAGUAUAACCAAGUGCCAUCUUGGAUAUGUGAAUCGACAUAUACUAAGUGUGCCAGUAGUGACAACAAACUGUCAAGACAUAUAGACAGCUCUAUUGUGAGGAAACAUUCUGCUAAACUAAACUGUUGUGAUACUUCUAACUCUAACACAUUACCCUGUUUAGCAUUUAUAAGUGCUAUAUGAACAUGUAAUAAAUAGUUUUUAACUGAAAUGUAUUUGUAAGCAGAUAUAAAGAAAUAUUAAGUGUUUUUGUCAACAAUUAUAACCUCUCCUAUGAAGACACAUUAUAUAUCAUUACCAUCGUCUUUUACUAUAUUGCCAUCCAUUAUCAGUUUAGCCACCGAUUGGUGCCCACAGGAGGAGGUAUAGUUGUUGUUAACAGACACUUACAUCUGCGUACAACUACAUUAUAGUGUGUCAUAAACCAUUUAUCAAAUGUUAAUAUAUGGCAAAUAAAUGUUAAUAGAAGGGGUUAAAGUACAGUGUUACCUAUCCAACCACAUGUUACUGAGUAUAUUUGUACUACACAGUAUUACACUGUGCACAAUUUGCUCCUUUGCACCAAAAGACGCAGUAUGAACAGCGGAUGGAUCACAUUGCUUUUUAACGUGAAACCACCAUCACUGCUGUGGACGUCUAAACAUUUGAUGUAUGCAGUAGUUGUAAACAAGUUUAAAUCUGUAAUUUUCAUACUGUGAGAAAAGAACUCUGUUCAUUUUGUUCAAGCAUUUCUUUUUUUCUUUUUUUUCUUGGAAAAAAUAAAUU